AUGCCGCCCCGUCCCGCCGUGAACAUUCUGAGGCGCGCCGCUAGCACGUUGGCCGAGAAGCCGGCGCUCGCGAGCACGCAGCCGGGGCGCGUCUACCCCGAGCGCAAGGCGUUCCUGUUCAAGUACUACGAGCACCUCCUGCAGCGGUCGCAACUCGUGCUCCUGUUCAAGCACCAGAACCUCUCCGUCGCGCAGUCGCAGCAGAUCCGACAUGCCAUCCAGAAGAUUCCCGUCCCCGCCCUUCCUGCCGCUACGGCCGCCGAGGCCGCCGAGGGAUCACCAGCGCCCGAGGCAGAGCGCGCCGUCAUGACCAUCACGCGAACGGGUCUUCUUGCGCCUGUCGUCCGCUCGGUCCAGAUCGGAGUCGCCGGUCUCGAGUCCCACCUCCAGGGACCGACAGCGCUGAUUACUUGCCCGACGAUCUCGCCGAAAUACGUCAAGCAGGUCCUCGCCGCGAUCGAGACGACGAUCAAGAAGAACUCGAAGAAGGCUGAGAAGAAGGACGAGGUCGUCAAGAACCCCGAGUUCACCCUCGUUGCUGGUGUCCUUGAGGGAAGUCGUCUCAUGGACCCCAAGCAGAUCAAGGACGUCGCCCAGCUGCCCGAGCUCGACCAGCUCCGCGCCCAGCUUCUCGGCCUCCUCGAGAUGCCCGGCCGACAGCUGCUCGGCGUCCUCAACCAGGCCGGUGGUGGUGGCCUGGUCCGCACCCUCCAGGGCCUCGAGGAGUCCCUCAAGAAGGAUGCUGCUCCCCCCUCAUAG